AUGAACCUUGGCAUCGCAAUCAUGCUGCUGGGCUCCGUUUCCUUCAUGAUGGGCACCUUCUACAUGGUGAACCAUUCGGACAGGGAGAUGAAGAUCUACACCUGGAAGGUCAUUUGUGCCACCAUCUCCAUUUUUGUGGCGGUCCUCAUGUACCAGGCCUUCAAUGAUGCCAUCAAGGCGAUGUUCCUGCAGGGAUCGUCCGAAACAAUGGAGAUGAAGGUGGCCUUCAUCCACAGCAUGGUGUGGUUCUUGCUGCUACAAGUGUUUUUGGCCACAGUGUCCAGAGCAGUGACGUGGCCAUGGCAGGGCGAGGUCGACGAGUCCAAGGAAGCCAAUGAGCAACGUGAGCUGGACUUGAAGUCCUGGGCGGUGAUCCUAGGCCACAUCACCGGCUUUGCCUCCAUUUCUGCUUGGGCGCAGCUGCAGAGCAAGCUCGCCGGGUCGGUGCUGAUUUUGCCCAUGGCGUUCCUUGGGCUGUGGGGCCUUUUCACAGUCACGGACAAAGUCCGGAUGUGGGUCUCCUUGUCGGACGAUGGUGAGGAGGACGAGAUGGAGAAAGCAUGGGACGAGGCGACAGAGGAGACAGAGAAUGACGUGAUGGCUCUCACCUGUUCCUUCCUGGUCGUCCAGACCAUUCGCUUCUGGAUCAGCGGCGCCCUCCCAAAUGAGGAGGGCGACCUGCCCAACGGCACCAGGGUGGACUACGCCCAGGCCUUUCUGCAACUAUUCAUCGGCCUAGCGAUUGGCUACCUCUCGUACCUGCACACGCUUUACACCACGGAGAUGUGGCGCGGUCGAGUGUGGGUGGGAUUGGUCUGCGACUUUUCCUCCUCCUGGCUCAUCAUGUUCAGCGUUGAUGCCAUCCUGACGGCGAUGGGGCUGGGCGGAGCUGACUUCGGGGUACUCGGAGAUGUGGUCACUGCCUGCAUAGUCACUCUGCUGUCUUUCGUGGUCAUGUACCUCCUUGACAAGCAGGCCGACAAGGAGGAUGAGGUCCUCCACCAGACCCCCACCGGCGGCUUCAGACGGGAAGGCUCCGAGGCGAUGCACAAGAGGAAACGGACCGCGAUGCGAUCCACUGUGAUGGCCAUUGGAGUGCUGAUCGGCUUCGCCUGGGAGAAGUGCUUCGACGUGGCAGUAGAUGAGACCGCGGAGAAGGAGGGCUCCAUUUUGCCCCCGUCUUUCAUCAAGAUCAUCCUCGCCGCAAUGCUUGCCACGCUGGUUCUGCCGGCCUGGCGAUGGUACAUCCUCCCGGUUGUGAAGCAGCUCGGCGGCUUUGACGAGGGGGAGGAGGAGGAGGGGGAGGAUGGCGAGAAGGGCGUCUAUGUGCCUCCAGUCCUUCCCACGGAGGCUUACAAGGACGCUGAGGCUUUCCGGACGCAAGUGGUCCAACUCGAGAAGGAGAAGGAGACUCUGAUCCAAGAAGUUAAGAUGUUAAAGUUGCGAGUGAAGGAGCUGGAGCGGUAA